AUGGCCCAGCCGCAGCGCACAGCAAAGGCUACCGCUGCAUUCAAGACGUGGUUUCGGAAAGGUUUCUCCCGAGGGUGCCCGGGCCCCGGGGCCCCCGCCGGCGGACGGCCGCGCGUGGCCGCCCCCGCGGCCCAGUGCCCCGGCCGCGGGCCCGCCCCCCGCCGUGCCCCGGGCGGUGCCCGCAGUGCCGGCCCGCCCCGGCCCAGGCCGCGGCGCCCCGCCCCGCGCCGGGCCCCGGCCCCCGCGGCCGCCCCGCCCGCCGCCCGCCGAGCCGUGCCGCCGCGGGCCGUGCCGCCCCGCCCGGGCCCGUGCCCCCCGGGCCGCCUGCCGCGCCGCCCCCGCCCGCCGCCGCCGGGUGCCCCCGCGCGCCCCGCCGGGGGGCCCCGCUGGCCCCGCCCCCCCCUGCCCCGCGGCCCGGCCCGUGCCCCGGCCCCCCGGGGCGAGUGGCCACCGCCCCCCCGCCGGGGCCCCCCGCCCCGCCCGCGGCGCCACGGGCCCGGCGGCCCCGGCCCCGCGCGGCCGGCCACCCCCCCGGCGGCCGGCCGCCGCCCAGCCCCCCCUGCCCCCCGCCGGCCGGCCCCCCCGCUCCCGCCCCGGCCCGAGUGCCCGGCGCGCCCCGCCCGGCCCGCGGUGGCCCGCGCCCGCCGGCCCCCCGCCGGGCCCGCCGCAGGCUGCCGGGAGUUUGCCCCCCCCGGUGCCCUCCGCCGCCGCGGGCGGCCGCCCCGCGCCGCCCCGCGGCCGUGCCGCCCCUGCCCGCGCCCGGCCCCGGCGGCGGCCCGUGCCCCCCGCCCCCGCGCCGUGCCGCCCCCCCGCCCCGCCCCGCCGGCCGCCCGCCCCGGCCGGCCGCCGCCUGCCCCCGGGAGUGCCGCCGGCCCCCGGCCGUGCCGGCCGCCCCUCGCCCCGCCCCCCGCCGCCGAGUGCCGCGGCGCCGCGCGGCCCCGCCCCGCGGCCGCCCCCCUGCCGCCCUGCCGUGGUGCCGCCCCGCCCCCCCUGCCGUGCCCCGUGCCCGCGUGGGUGCCCCCGCCCGAGCCCCCGUGCCGCCCCCCCGCCCGUGCCCCCGAGUGGCCCGCGCCGGCCCCCCCGUGCCCGGGGCCCCCCCCCCUGCCCCCGCCCCCCGGCCGCUGCCCAGCCCUGCCGAAGUUGCCCGCCCCGCGCCCCACGCCCGGGCCCCCGCCCCGCGGUGCCCGCCCCGCCGCGCCGAUGAGCGAUCUCUGCGGGGCGGAGGACUACCGCAGCGUACUGCCAACAAGUGCCGAAAAGAAGAGAAAAGAAAAGAGAGAGAAAAAAAAAAUGGGGCUUUUUAUUCAGAGGCGGCCCGGUCGAGGAGAGAUCUUCGAGAGAGAGAUCUUCGAGAUCGAGAGAAGCCCUCGGGAGUCGAGAUGCCUACCCAGCGCGCCCGCGUUGCGGGGGGGCAGUCCGUACCUUACUCCGCAGCAGGUCUCCAAGGUGUUCAGCCUCUGGUCGAUAGAUCAAUGUAGGUAA